CAGUGACUGCCACCCAGGGCUUGAGACAGUUGUUUUAAAUAAUAGUUCAUCCAAGCAGUCGGCAGGGUAUUUUGCAUGUUUUGUCACUGGAGACAAAUAAUUAUAUCUGUAGGUGUUAGGGGAGGCCAUCUAUUUUUUUCACUUGAUUCUGGCUGCUGUGAAGAUAAUGCAACUCAGCUAAAAGGAGCUGAUAAGUGUGUGCUCUGAUGUGUUGAUCCUACAAAUUCUUUUAAAACACAAUUUGAAACAAGUGUUCGUCUUUCCAUGGUUGCAAGAUCUUGCUCCUGUACUUUAAUGCUAUGUUGUUGUGUCUAUGUACAUUUGUUUGUUGAUGCGUUUUGCUCUAAGCAUACAUAUUCAAUUGAAAAUUUCAAAGUUUGAAAAGGGGUGUGAAAAAGGCGUCUUGUUGCCGGCAAGAGUAACAUUCCCGUCUGUACCUAUGAAUCCUAAAGAACUUGUCAUCCACUUUGGUUCUCUCCAGGAGUUGCUAGAGUGCAGGAAGGCCAGAGUGAAGGUUCUGCAAGCUGACUGGCGGACCUCGCCGUCGUGGAGUUGACUGUCACAUAGCGCCUCUCGCCGCCAGCUAUCAUUUUAGCUCAAAAAGGCGUCGGAGGUCUUGCUGCCGAAAAUACCGACAGUUGUUAGUUUUGUUACACUUAGGAGCAUGUGAAAAUGACCGACUGCUGACUGUGGCGGGGGUUCGCAGAGCAGAGGUCACUCGCUGGUUCCAGGUCGGAUAUGACAGGUCAUCUAGAACCUGGCUUUAGAAGAAAUGGAGAUGGACAGUCUGAGAACCUUUAGUGACCUGCCAGGGUUUAUGGCGAAUUCUAUCCUUUUGGACCCACACGGCUUUGAACUGCCCCUAGGCAGGUACUUAUCUACAUUGAGUGCUUUUUACAAGACCAGUACGUUGUAAGCCAUUCCUAGCAUUGGCUCUGAACUACUUUUAGGCAUUUAUUUCAGGGUUUUUGUUUUUUAAUUCCUAGGGAAUUGGUUGUCAACACACCAUGUCACCUGUGUGGAAACAAUCUUUCGCAGGUGCCUAAGACAUAGUUUCUUAUAUGACAGAGCACUUGCCUUUUCUCUGUCGCCGCACCUGUUUGGACCAGUGCCAGAGAACUUCCGUCAGCCAGGAACCAACUUGCAUUAGUCGACCUGCCUUGUCGUAUUGUCUGUUAUGAAACAGCGAUCUACCUCUGAUCUUGCUUCAUUUUUUCCCCUGUUAAUCUUUCAUGACGACUUAAAAAAAAAAUUAAAGGUACACUAGAUUGUUAGAACACUGGAAGAAAACAUCAGAGGUAUCCCUUGCUCAUUUUUUGGGGCACCGAGCCAGGCCUGGGCGUAUUAUUUUUGAACGAAAUAUGGUGUUUUUCUGAAAUGUUUACGGUAGUUCUUAGGUCACCCAUGACUUUGUGACACACGGCGUAUUACUUUUCGUGUUUUGAAAAGUGGUGUCUGUAAAAAUCGCAUAUGGCGGCAGGAGAACAAGCCCAGGUGCUACGUGCCCGCGCAUAACGUUUUAAUGCGGCGAGAACUAUGAGUGACCUGGAAUUAGUCACAGAACCUCUCGCGAGUGCGGAUAUGAUAAGCUUGCUGUACUGAGGGAUACUAUGAAGGACAGAGCCAUUGGGCGGAGAGAAGUUAUAGAAAAGGCAAAGCACUGCUACAAUCGUCUGUUAGUGUCAGGAACUUCAGAGUCGUGUCUGCAGCACCUCCUGGCGUCGGCUUGGCCAUCUUUGACGUUCUUGGCCGCAAUGGAGACGCCGGACGUUAAUCAGGUUCCAGUUAAUCUCUCUGACACAAAUGUGACCAUCACCAGAACAGACAAUACAACACUUUUACCAGCUCACAAUAUGACAACAGAUCGUGAACCAACACCAGAAGAAAUGAGAGAUUUCUACAUUGGUCUUCUUCUGGCGAUAUCCUCUAGUAUAUUUAUUGGAUCCAGUUUUAUUUUCAAAAAGAAAGGUCUUCUGCGGUUGGCCAGAAACUCAAGUGUGCGUGCAGGUCAAGGAGGUUAUGGAUAUCUGAAAGAAUGGCUGUGGUGGGCUGGAAUGAUUCUCAUGAUUGUUGGGGAGCUUGCCAACUUUGCAGCGUAUGCUUUUGCUCCAGCAACCCUUGUAACACCUCUUGGAGCUCUAAGUGUAUUGGUUAGUGCCAUCCUAGCAUCUCGUGUUUUGGGAGAAGUCUUGAAUUUGCUGGGAAAAGUUGGCUGUUUGCUGUGUAUUCUGGGUUCCACUGUGAUGGUUAUCCAUGCUCCUAAAGAGCAGGAGGUGUCCAGCAUUGACCAGCUAAAAACAAUGGUGAUUCAGCCAGGUUUCCUUGUCUAUGCAUCAUUGAUCAUUAUAAUGUGCCUGGUGCUCAUUUUCCACACUGCACCACGUUAUGGCCAGAAAAAUGUCAUCAUCUUUAUAACCAUCUGUUCUGGCCUUGGCUCCUUCACUGUCAUGGGUUGUAAAGGCAUUGGUGUCGCUCUAAAACAGACUUUUGCUGGCUACAGCCAGUUUACCAACUGGGUUUUCUACUUACUUUUGGUGGUGGUUGGCAGCUGCAUUAUCAUCCAGCUUAACUACUUGAACCGAGCGCUUGACACCUUCAACACAGCUGUCGUUACACCCAUAUACUAUGUGUUUUUCACAUCUCUUGUCAUGGUGGCAUCACUCAUCCUUUUCAAGGAGUGGGGAACUAUGAAGACACAAGAUAUAAUUGGAGAUUUGUGUGGAUUUCUCACUAUCAUUUGUGGUAUUUUUCUGCUGAAUGCUUUUAAAGAAUUCAACAUUUCCUUAAGGAAUUUACCGAGCAUGAAAAAAGAUACAAGUAACAUGUCAAACAGCAGUAAUUCCAUGGCUCACUGUAAUGACCGUGAUUAUUUGCUGGACAACGGUCCAGUUGAAUCUCAGAGAAAUGAGGUUAUGGUAACAGACUAUCAUGAUGACUUGGAAGAAGUGCAUUGAUUUUAUGCAAAAAAUAUUCCUAUACACCCAAAUACCUUUCCUUAGGAAUUGUUUCUCAUGCUUUGAAACUGAUUUGAUUUAGCCAGUGUGAGAAAAAUGUGUGAAAGUUCACUGAAAGGAAAAAGAAGGAAUGGGACAAGACCUAUUGCAUGAAGAUUUGAUACUCAAGAUGGUUCCCACCCCUGCAAAAAGGAGGAUAAUAAAAUUAACUGUUUCACAUCUUUGUCUACUCAACAUAUUUUCUUUCAUGCUUCUUAUGCUGGUGCACAUUCACCUGUGUAACUGUCCUUGUGAUUGCUAGACUAAUUUUCACUUUCUUUUUUAAGAGCAUACAUUUGGUAGGGUGGGCAGGGGUGGAUCCUCUGUUGCAUAAGCAGAAAAAGUGUUGAAAACAUAUUUACAUAUCACCGCCAGUCACUCGGUGAUCGUUACUGAAAGAGUGCUUCGAUGAUACCACUACAAUCAUUUACUUAACAUGAAAGGAGAAAAAAAACUUUUAUGAUUGUUGUUUUAAGUCAGUGAGCUUGAAAUCUUGAAACAGUCAUAUAAAAAGACCCUAUGUAGGCAAAUGUACUUUAGUGAGACUGCUGGGUUGUGUAUGCCAAGAACCCCCCCCUCUUACCAUCAUCCACCCAUUCCCAAAUUCCAUUUGAUACUUGAAAAGAUAAUUUAACCUGACGUGAGCAGAUAUGAGCAAAAUGAUUAAAAAUUUUAUAUUGUAAAUUGUAACAUUUCUUAUUGCUACUGGUGUUGAUUUUAGUUUCUGAAUAACUGAUUACUAACAUAGUACUUUUUUAAAAAUGUUACUCCACCUGUGGACCUUGUGAACAAUGUGUUGUAGAAUUAUGAAUUGCUUGUAAGCACCAUUGUUUGUUAAUUUUUGGUUUUAGGAUAUUGAAUCAUAAAUGGGAGUAACUUUAGAGCAUUUAUUAACCUUAUUUUUUUUAAAUUUUUUGAGAUUUGUUUACCAAUAUUUCAUUUGAUGGGUUGUGCUGCUUCAGUCAAAUAUUAAAAAUGCAUUGGUAUAUUUCUCCAUUAUGACUGGUUAUUGUCCUAAAAUGCUUAUUAUCUUAGAGAAAUAGUGUUCCUAUAGAACAAGAUGGCUGCAAUCUGCUAUUGUCAUCUUUGGAUUGAAGAUAUUUUUAUAAUGAAUCGUAUGUGAAAAUGGGGUUGCUGAAGAGACUGAAACAAUUUGUUAAAAUGUUUAAUACAGUUUGUGAUGUAUGAUGAAA